AUGGGUCACAAUCUAGUCAUGAGUAUUUUUCCAAUAUUUUUAUUAUUAUCCAUAGCAUAUGCAGACUUCGAUGUGACAAGUUCGAAGUAUGGUGGAAAGCCUAAUUCUGAUAUUAGUCAGCCUUUGGCAAAGGCUUGGAGUGAUGCUUGUGCAUCAACGUCGCCCAGUAGAAUCAUUGUUCCAAAAGGGACAUUCCAACUAAAAGGAGCAUCUUUCAAAGGUCCUUGCAAAGGUCCGAUUGAGUUUCAGGUUGAUGGCACAUUGCAGGCGCCCCAAGAUGGUGCGCAACUUAUCAAGGCAGAUACUUGGAUCGAGUUCGCAAACCUUGAGAGGCUCACUCUAAUGGGUACUGGAACCUUUGAUGGUCAAGGACAAAAAGCUUGGAAAGAAAACGACUGCAACAAAAAUCCGAAGUGUUCAUCUAUUGCCAUUAAUUUGAGGUUCAACUCUGUCAAACAUUCAUUAGUUAAGGAUGUAACUUCGCUUAAUAGCAAAAACUUCCACGUUAAUGUUUUAGGAUGUGAGCAACUUACAUUCCAACAUUUCACCGUCAAAGCACCUGGAGAUAGUAUUAACACAGAUGGAAUUCAUAUCGGACGCUCAACCGGGAUUAACAUUACCGACACGAACAUUGGAACCGGUGACGAUUGCAUAUCAAUUGGUGAUGGUACCAAGCAACUAACAAUAAACAAAGUAACUUGUGGACCAGGUCAUGGAAUAAGCAUCGGAAGUCUUGGAAGGUACAACAACGAAGACCACGUUACUGGAAUCAAUGUUAAGGACUGUACCAUUAGUAAUACAAUGAAUGGUGUUAGAAUCAAGACAUGGCCUAAUUCUCCUAUAGCUACCACCGCCUCAGAUAUUCACUUUGAGCACAUCACAAUGAAUAAUGUUGGUAACCCAAUCCUCAUAGACCAAGAAUACUGCCCAUAUGGGCAGUGUAAUACACAGACUCCAUCAAAAGUCAAGAUCAGCAAUGUGAGCUUCAAGAAUAUUAGAGGGACAACUACAACUGCAGAGGCCGUGAAGAUUGUAUGUGCUAAAGGCUUGCCCUGUGACAAAGUGGUACUGAGUGACAUAGAUCUCAAGUUAACUGGCAAAGGCACUCUUACAUCUCAAUGCGCAAACGUGCAGCCCACGAUUACUCAAGUGCCACAGGCUCUUGCUUGUGCUACCAAGAAGUGA